AGAAGCUAGCUUUGACCACCCACGUGGCAAGAAAGGCUAAAGCUACAGUACAGCAGUAUAGUAUAGUAGUACAAACCUAAAAGAAUCUACUCAACAAUGGCAAGUGUGAGAGUGCUGUUACCAAAGAUUAAAGCCUCAGCUUUGAGAGCUCCAGGAUUGAGACAAGCGUGUCUAUUCUCGACAACCUCUGUCACUCAACGAAGAUCUGCUCCUCCCAACCUGAUAAUCAACUUUGUGCCCCAGCAACAAGCUUGGAUUGUGGAGAGAUUUGGACGAUACUUAAAAACACUACAGCCGGGCCUCAAUAUCCUUAUACCAAUCGUUGACCAGAUCAAGUAUGUCCAGAGCCUUAAGGAGAAUGCUAUAGACAUUCCCUCCCAGUCUGCCAUUACACUUGACAACGUAACUUUACACUUGGAUGGCGUGCUGUACUAUAGAGUUAUGGAUCCUUAUAAGACCUCGUAUGGUGUUGAGGAUGCUGAGUAUGCAGUAGUCAUGUUGGCCCAGACAACAAUGAGGUCAGAGUUGGGAAAGAUUAAACUAGACUCCGUGUUUCAAGAGAGAGAAAAUCUCAAUCACAUGAUUGUGGAGGCGAUCAACCACGCGGCUGAGGCCUGGGGAAUUCGCUGCAUGAGAUACGAGAUUAGGGACAUUGCGCUCCCCACCAAAGUGAAGGAAGCCAUGCAGAUGCAAGUGGAGGCUGAGCGAAAGAAGAGAGCAAACAUCUUAGACUCUGAAGGCGCUAAACAGUCUGCUAUCAAUCGUGCUGAGGGUCUUCGCCAGAGCACCAUCUUGGCCUCUGAGGCUGUGAGGAUUGAGCAGGUGAACAGAGCCAAGGGAGAGGCCGUCGCCAUUCUUGCCAAGGCUCAGGCCCGAGCUCAGGCUCUCAACACACUGGGGGCAGCCAUUGGAAGACAGAAUGGCGAUAAGGCAGCCUCACUGGCAGUGGCAGAACAGUAUGUGGCAGCUUUCUCCCAACUGGCCAGGACCACCAACACUCUCAUCCUGCCAGAAAAGACUGGUGACAUCAGCUCAAUGGUCUCACAGGCUGUUGGAAUAUUUGGUCACAUGACAUCAAACAGUCCUUUGAAGUCCGCUGAUGGUGAAGAGGGGACCCCCCACGACCCAACCCCCACAGACCAGACACUGGAGCAACUCACUGCCUCUAUUGACAAGACAAUCGAUGAGAGUGUAUUUAGGUCCGUGCUCAGCGAAGAGAAGGCAGCAAAGAAGGACAGAGAUACACACUUCACUUUAGAUACUUCACCAACGAGACCAACUGACGACGAAAAGUAACACUCAUAUAGUGCUAGUGAGGGUAACAUUUUUUGUGGCCGUUAUUAUCUUUAGAGAAGAUGCUUUUGUGAAUUGUUAUAAUUAUAAGGAAUGUUG